UUUUUUUUUUUUAAACACCUUUCUGCUACAACAGAGGACUUCUCCACAGUUGCGAGGACUUCUUGGCCGCUGCAAUAACCAGGCAGGCGUUAUUUAUUCUGAAAGUUGGAUUACAGCGCCCUACUUCAGCUGAGAGGAAAUACUGCCUGCCAGAUGCCGCUCAGAGGAUGAGCAGCGGUGAAGUGGAGACUGGGGAGACCAACGGAACCGUGUACUGUCAAUGGCAGUGUGGCAAGCCUAGAUAAGCCCCCAUAUGAGGUGAACCCUCUUCCUCGUCCCUCUGUAACCCCUCCCAGCAACAACAGCAGGAACAAGGGAUGUCGCGGAUGUGCCUCCUUCUGGCAAUACUCACCGUCUCCUCCAGCAUCCAGGUGUCCUCUGCCGCUAACCUGGAUAAGCUAGUGGAGAGCUGGAAAUUGUACAAGGAGGAGUGCACCCGCAACAACAGCCGAGAUCCGCCGAGCACCGGCUUGGUAUGCAACAGGACCUUUGAUAAUUAUGCCUGCUGGCCUGAUGGACUGCCUAACACCACAGUCAGUGUGUCAUGCCCAUGGUAUCUGCCGUGGCACCAUAAAGUCCAUCAGGGCAUGGUGUAUCAGGAAUGUGACGCAAAUGGCCAGUGGGUGACUAUAAGGAAUACCAGCGAGUGUGAAACUUUUGAGCCGGCACUGUACUAUGGGGCAAUCCUCACUAAGUUUCGGAUCAUGUACACCGUGGGCUAUUCCCUAUCACUUGUGGCUCUGGUGUUGGCGCUUGGCAUCCUCAUAUUCUUCAGGAAGUUGCACUGCAUGAGGAACAACAUCCACAUGAACCUGUUUGCCUCCUUCAUCCUGCGAGCGCUGUCCAUCCUCAUCAAAGACGCUCUGACUGAGGCGCCUCUAAUGUCAUCACAUGACAUCAGCAGCGACCAGGAGCAGGGUUUCCCCAGGGCGUCGAUACCUCCAGUGGAUAUGCUGGUCAACAAUGAGGAAACAGUUGGCUGUCGCAUUGCCAUUGUGAUGAUGCAGUACAGUAUUAUGGCCAACAGCUAUUGGCUGCUGGUGGAAGGCAUCUACCUCCAUAACCUCCUGGUCAUUGCUGUCUUUACCGAGAAGAACUACUUCAACAUCUACCUGUGCAUUGGCUGGGGCACACCGUUAAUAUUCCUUGUGCCCUGGAUGAUAGUUAAAUACCUAUAUGAAAAUCAAGGGUGCUGGGAGCAAAAUACUAACAUGCAUUACUGGUGGAUAAUCCGUUCCCCUAUACUGCUGGCAGUUGUGAUCAACUUCCUCAUCUUUAUCCACAUUAUAGAAAUUCUGGUGUCAAAAUUACGAGCACACCAAAUGAGAUACACAGAUUACAAGUUCAGGCUGGCUAAGUCAACUCUUACUCUGAUCCCCCUGCUGGGUAUCCAUCAGGUGGUGUGUGUUUUUCUGACAGAUGAAUACACCGAGACCACCGCCACUUUGCGUCUCAUCAAGAUCUUCAUUGAACUCUUAUUCUCCUCCUUCCAGGGUCUGCUGGUGGCUAUCUUGUACUGUUUUGUCAACAAAGAGGUGCAGUCGGAGAUCCUGAAAAAGUGGAAGCGCUGGAAGCUGGGGAGGAACAUCGAGGAGGAGUACCGCCACACCUACAGCCACCCCUCCAAUAUGAAGAGUGGCAGCCUCCUAAACCACGUCCCUCAGCUGCCCCACCUCCCAGACAUCGCGGCCACCUCCAGCCCGGCCUGCAACCCCGAGGAGAAGCACAUGCUUGUAGCCGGCUGCCACAACGGCACAGUCCACGGUAGGGGAGGUAGCCAGUGCACCUCCAUGCCGUACGAGGGAAACAGCAACUGCACCCUAGUGGAGGACAUCAGUCUCUUGGACAAGGUGCAGAGUUACGAGGCUCCCAGAGAGAGCGUGGAGAGCCACAUGUGAAGGGCAACAGGAAGGAGGAAUCCUUGAAGAAAGUUGGAGGGCUUUCAGCUCUCAUCUGGCUCUGGCACGCUGCCCAGGGUGACUGUGAUGAGGAGCUGGCAGCGUGAGCCGAGCUGAUAGAGUCAUCUGUCAGAUCGGUGUUGGACCGAGAUCAGUGUCACUUGGAGACAGAGCAGCACUCAGCUCUCUGCACUGACAGAGAACGGAGAACAAUGCAGCAGACGUCCACGUCGAAGUGUCUGACGUGCUGGGAGCCACAUGAAUGGAUUUGUUUAGAUGAAUGAUGUGAGACAGCACAGGAAAGUGCUGCGUGUUGAACACUGUGUCGACAACAGUAACUCAAGGGCACAUGGACCUAUGGCGUGUAAAUAUGAAAUGAUAAGACUAUCAAAAAAAAAAAAAAAACAAGAAAGAAAGAAGAAACUGAAACACUGAAACCUCAAGUAACAAAAAAUACACAGGCUGUUUGCUUGAGCCUCUGAUUUGAUUUGUGCUGUGUAUCAGAUGUAUGUUUUGUGGUACUGGAGAUAAAAGACAAACUGGACAUUGAACUUGUGUUAAACACACACACACACACACACACACACACACUCAAAGACCAAAUGUGGCAGGCCUUAUGCCUUGAUGGCAUUUGUAAAAGAUUUCCUUGUCUGUCACACUUUGAUAAAAAUGUACAGAAAAAGAAAAUAACGUGGACUGUACCUUAAACUGUAAAGUGACCGCAGUGUUCUUCAAGCGGCCCCCCCCUCCAGAACCCAUGAGAAACUGGCAGCUGCUCUCACGAGGUGAUUCCCGGCUUACCUACAGACAAGUGGUCAUGAGAAAACCACUCAUAAGCUAUUACUAAAAUGACCAUCACGUAGUUAUUUCAUAGUAAUCAAAGAUCUCAUCAAAAGUCUAAAUAUUGAAUAUGGCAAGGAGUGUUAUAAUUGUAAAUGUGUCAGUGUGUCAAGGUGUGAUUUCAACAGAUAUAGUUUAAAUCCUGUGCCAUGAAAUGUUGUUUUCCCCCAUAGAUUCACAUGCAUUGGUGUGCUUUCUGAACUUACACAUGGCAGUAACACACUCAUACCCUGAAGUGAGAGCUGAUGUGGGAAACUGUGCACUCAAAUUAAGGCUAAAAAUACUUAGUAGAUCGACAUGAACUGUAAUGGCAUAUAUGCACAGGGUGUGAAUCCAGCACUGUGACUCAAAGUUACAUGUCACCUCCGGCACGACAGUAGCUAUCUAUUCAAGGAAAUGUGAUUUUGCUACGUCGGAUAUGAGCCUCCUGUCAUGCAUGCAGAUUGUGCAAAUGAAGUCACCUUAAGUGGUGUGAGUCACUGGGCCAGAGAGCCAUAUAUCACAUCUGUGUCUCUGCUGUGUGAACCCUAAAAGUGAGACAGACUCUGCUAUAACUGCAUGGGCCUUAGAGGUCAGCUCACUGUUGGUUUUCUAUUUUUUUGAUGUAAACUUAGAUGUCAUCUUGGAGUUUAGACAGGCUGCAGUGCCACUGUCCAGACUCAGUAUUUAUCACUCUUCCUUUUUCCUGUCUGCAUGGACCUAGAACAAACCCCUGCUACCUAAAAGUAGAACAAAAUACAGCUUCUCCAAUAAGCGUUUCACACAAAUAUUCAUCGCUCACAAAGCCUUGCCAGUGUUGGCAAGGAAACACAAAACAACUGGUACUUCUGCGACUGAACACAUUUCUUUUCAAGAAGGGAACAUAAAUUGUCCUGUGAGUUGUCAAAACAUUUUGUGAGCGCCAACUCAACUUGACUACAAUAUGUAUGAUUAUUUUGCACAAUGUUAAUUUAUAACUGGUAAAUACUGUAUGUAUCUAUGUUUGUACAACUGAUUGAUUUGAUUGUUGUCAAUACGAUCUACGCAUGCAUGCCUCUGUGUGCGUGCGUGUACAUGUGUGUGUGUGCAAAUAUAUUUUCAUGUGUGUACUGGCUGUGUUGUACGCAUCCAAAUGGGUAAAAAAUGUGGCGACAGAUGAAUCACUUGGGCUGUUUAGGGGCAAAUUGGAGGCAUUACAGCUGCUGUGCCGGUGGUUUCAGUCAUAGCAGCUGUGAAGUUAAUAUGAGGCAGUGGGAGUGGCUUCACACAGAGGUCAGAGGUCACCCCGAGUCGGUCCCUCUUGUCUCUGUCUAUGUAUAUUACAAAACAGGACAUUCCCAGAACUCAUGCCCAUUUAAGGCAUCAGGAAGAGUCGCAGCUCUGCCUGUUGUUGUCAAAUUCAUUCUCGGUGUGAUUCUCCCGUAAUUUUGUUCAGUACCACAGAGCUAAAUGAGGGCGCAGCGGCGGCGUGUUGUCAUUCAGAUAAUGGCUCCUGUUUUUCUGCAGCUUGUAUAUUUACACCUCAGACAGGUGUGGUGCUGAUUUGGGUUAAUGCCAGGUGAGGCUUUUUCUCAUGAACAUCUGCUGAGGAUUGUAACAGACGAGGAGAUGGCGAGCGCUCAGACUUGAGUCGGCAGAAUGUGAUGCGCACACUGGCGCUGCUGUUGGUCAGAGGUGAAUUUACAGUGUUUUGACUCGUUUUGCACAGCGGGAGAGGUGUUGCAGUUGUAACACACAAUAAAAGAAUGAGAAGCUAAAAUAGUAAAAUAGGAAGAAGUUUGUCCAGCUCAUGGAAUACAGUAGUAUUAUUUCAGAGUAAUAUAUGUAUUUCUACACCCUAACCAAGCCAUGACCACAGCGGUGUAUUUUUUUGAAGCCAGCAACCUGGGUCACUCCCCUUUCUGGACCAAAGCGGUUCUGUCUGAAUGUAUUCUUUACAAGGCCGGAGCAACUAUGUACAAUUUCAUCCUCUCUUCAAGGUGGCGAUGUAUAUUUGGUGUGAUAAACCGAACACCGGACCAUAAAACGGACACGUGUUCAGGUGUACACAGUUCAUCACACUUUCUGUUCUCUCACCACACCUUAUCCAAAUGGUAAAUCAAUAAAUUAUGUAUAUGGGAAAAAAAAAAAAAAAAAGGUUCGAAUUUGCUGUGCUUUUUGUAUUGGUGAGUGAGUGUCAAUAAUGCUCAAAUAAAAAAACGAGAA